AUGGGGCUGACAACUGAAGCCACGGCCCAGCGACUGCUACAACAGCUCCUCAAUGAGAAGCACGACGAGGACGAAGGUGGAGAUUUCCAACCAGGUGCCCUCGCGCCGAGGUAUGAUCCUCCCAUCGGCGAUGCUCCUGACAGCCCUGAUGGCUGGAGGGGAGCUUCGAUGUCCUGGGAGCACUUCUGGGAGCAUGCGGACUCUCCGCCAGCGAGCCCAGGACUUCGGCCGAGUGCAGCCCUUGGCGACUCACCGUCGCAGCCGUCUCACCCGCAGACGUCUGAGGACAGUGUCGAAGGGAUGCAGACCAGGCAGGAGACCUUGCUUCACUCGAUUGCUGCUCACAUCACAAGCGUUGAGCGGCAGAUCUGCAAGCUCCAAUGUCAGUAUGAGGCCACCGGUGCGAAGGCGCAGCGCAAGGUGAGGAGAAAGCGCUUUCUCACACCUUGCUCCACAAGCCCAAAGACUGCUCGGAAGAAGCGGAAGGUUCAGGAGACCUUGUCUCCAGAACGGUGCAUUCGCCAGGACGACCCUGUGCGGCAGAAUCUCAACUGCGUGUUCUUCGACAUCACGGAUGAGGAGGAUCGGGACCAGCAGGAGUCCAUGAAGGAUGAGUCUCGGACGACGGCCUGCAGGGCCAUGGACACCGAGAUUCUGGAUCCGUCCGACCCGGCCUGCCUCGUCUUGCCCAGUCUGCUGCAAUGCCUUGCGGUGGAGGACAUUCUGCAGUGGCGCCUGACAUCCCGUCACACCAGGAGUCCCAAGGUCUUGAUACAGCACCUGUCCGAGAUGGGCAGCUUGGACAGGUCCGAGUCCAUUCUGGCUGUUGCUGACACGCUUAGACUGGCGCAAUCUGAAAAUUAUGUCGGCAAUUUGGCAGCGAUGGGGUAUGAUGCCAAGCAGGUGAAGUACUUUAAAUGCUGGUCGUGGUGUAUGUUUCUGGCGAGGGCAAGAACGACACAUUUCCCAGAAAGCGACGUGCGUCACAUCGUCGGCACACACCUCCGAAGCCUGCUUGGGCAUUGUCGCCAAUGUUGCAGUGCGGAUGCCUCUCUGAGCAAGUCCGCACACUACGUUCUUCGCCAUUACGGCGGCGGAGGACUCCCUUUUGUGAAGCGGUUGAUUGCAGAAGAAAUGCUUUGCCUGAUGGAAAACCUCCUGUCUGUGCCUGCGGAAAUCAGCCAAGAGGACUUCAUCCCGUUUAUGCUGCGCACACAGCAUCUGGAAGACGUGUUGCGCGCUCUGGAGAAGCCGCAACGUCAGCAGUGGGUGUCCCUGCUGGUCAGAGCCCUGCUUGGACAGAAAAGCUUCCACUCGCAUUUGCUGGACGACCUGAAGCUCCUGUGGAGAGCUGAUGACGAUCCCAGUCGAAGCUACGCAGAAGCAGAGCAACAACUGAGGGCUUUCCGAAAGACCGUCAGCAAAGAGAUGAAGCAGGAGCUUCUUGAUCUCCUGACGUGUUGCUGA